GUAUAGAGCUACCCACUGCCAAAUUACGUACUCUAUCCUUUUGCGCGCGCGCGCACACACAUAUAUAUAUAUAUAUAUAUAUUUCUGAGCUACAAAGACAGUAAGGUAUGAUAGAAAACACGGAGGGAGAUCAACAAGAUUUACCAAUCUACGAGUCAUUAAAAAGGGAUAUAAAAAAUUUGAAACAGUUAUCUUCAGAAGCAUGCAUAUUCAAAGUGCAUGAAGGGCUACGUAGAACAAACACAGAUGCUUAUACGCCAUUGCUAAUCUCCAUCGGCCCUUACCACCAUGGGAAUGCCAAAUUGAGCAAAAUGGAAAAUUUGAAGCUUAUGUAUUUAGACUUAUUUUUGAAAAGAGAAAAACAACCCAGUAUGGAGCAGUGUUGGGAGAAAUUAAAGGAUUCGAAAGAAAAAGCAGCAAGCUAUUAUGGUGAUGAUGAGGACAUACAACUCCUCCUCGAUUCUGCAGGCGAUAAAUUCGUGAAGAUGCUGUUGCUUGAUGGGUGUUUUAUAGCAGAAUUUCUUUACAGGGAAUAUGAUGAAGAAACUAAGAAAGAAGAGGAGGAGGAGCUAAACAAGAAGAAAUGUGAUAAUAAUGCUGUUUUCAUGCCUACUGGGAUGAAAUUUCAAGUUUUUCGAGACCUGUUGCUCCUGGAAAACCAGCUUCCAUUUUUUGUCCUGCAAGAACUCCAUGGCAUGGUUUAUGAUGAGAGUAAACCAAAAUUCUUGGAUAUAGUGAAAAUCACAUUUGCAAGUAUGCUAACAAAGGUAAGGUUGAUUCCCCCAAUUGUCCCAAAUCUUGGGGAUAAUAAUGCCACAGAGAUGAAGGGGCACUUACUUCAGAUAGUUCACAAUCUUUGCAAUCCUCAAAAUGGUGGGAUUCAGGAAGAGAGGCAUUAUUGGACAUUAUGUUUCCCUUGCAGCCUGGGGAAACAAUCACAAGAUUCUAAAGUUGGAUCAUCCGAUAUACGAACAGCAACCGAGCUCCAAGAAGCAGGAGUUAACCUUAAAAAGGUUGUCAAGAGCUCGAGUCUAUUCCACAUAAAGUUCAAUCAUGCUGAACUGGAGAUCCCCAAGUUCCAUAUCACUGAUCCAACAGAGACAUUCUUCAGAAACAUGAUAGCCUACGAGCAACAUUCGUGUGACAAGAAUAACAUGUAUUUCACAGAUUAUGCCCAGUUGAUGGAUAAUCUGAUCAACACAGAGAAAGAUGUGAACUUGUUUCGGAUGAAUGGAGUGCUCGUAAAUUGGCUGGGCGAUGACAAAGAAGUGACUGAUCUUUUUAACAGGCUUUGUAAAGGGGUUGUGUAUUCUUCUUGUGAUGGCUUCUAUUACAGUGAUGUGUGCAACAAAUUGAAUGGACACUACAACAAACCAUGGAAUGUGAUGAUGGCAAAACUAAGGCACGAUUACUUCAACACUCCCUGGGCUGGGAUUUCUACCAUUGCAGCUGUAUUUCUUCUUUCGCUCACUAUUGCACAGACUGUUAUAGCUGUGCUUGAUCUGCGUAAGUAAUAGUCAUGUUUUGUUUCAAGUAUUUUUCCCCUGUAAAAUAUAUAUCAAGACUUGAUUGUGUAAUCCAACUUGCAUUUUCAAUAAUAAAAAUCAUGAAUCCUUGUA